AUGUCGGCGGCCGUGCUCGGACAGCUAUUGUCGGCAUGCGCCGGGGCCUAUUCAGCAGCCUCAUCGGCUGUGUGGUGGGCCGCUUCUCUGCCGCCGACGUGCAAAGAAAGCAUGACCCACACAGCCCUCACAUGCAGCGGAGCGACGCCUCGUUACUUCACCCCGGCUUUCGGACCGCUGGCCCUCGCAUGGGGGUGGCUUCUGGUGGGCGUCCUGCUUGGCUUUCUCUUCCGCCGAGCCGUGUGUGCGAUUGUCGGGCUGGCGGGAGGUCGCCCCUCGCAGUGCCCCUCACCACGCACCCCGUGGAGCUGGGAGGCCCUCCUGCGCGAGCUUUCGGCCCGCAAUCAGGACCCUCACCGGCACGAGGUGUUGCAGAAUUUGCUACAGGGAUGCGAGGCGGCGUUGGAAGAACUUUGCCGGGCAUCGCAGCGCACACCAGCUUCUUUGAUGGCCCAUCUUGUCGCCAACCACUCCGAGGUCGCAGACGCUGCGGCCCUGCGUCCCCCGACUUUGGCCCCUCGCCGACGGCGCGUUGGGGAAGCUGCCCACCCUGGCCCACCAUGCGAAAGCGAUGUGUCGGGGCGUCGUGAAGGGCUUUACGUGCCUUUAUUGCACGCAGGAGCCGGUAAUUUGAGCGAGCGCGCGUUGCAGGCUUGGAGGGUCACUCCGGAUUUCGGGCCUCGGUUUAGCGAGCUUGCAGCCAAGUUGCGCGGGGCAGCGCCAGUAGCGCCAGGCCAACUCGCUCGAUCGUUGCUAGCGCUGUGGCGGAUUGCGAAGCCCACGAUGCCCAGCGAAGCGUGGCAGCGGAGGAUCGCUUUGGCAUCGGUGUUGACCGCGCUGCCUGACGCGCCGCUACCACUGCAGGCUGCCAUUGUUCUGUGCAUGGGCCCCGACGGCUACCUCACAGCGGCAGCACAGUCAGCGCUGCUCGAAUCCGACGCUGGCGCGAUUGCCGCCGCAGCCACACGGGCUUUGGCCGAUGAUGUGCGAGCAACGCAUGGUACAGACCCGGCACGGCGCUCGCCUACGACGCGACGGGGCCUCCGACGAGCUCGCCGCCGGACUGCACCUUGCGACUCAGCCCGCACGGAGGAGAGAGAGAGACGAGGGCGAUGGUGGAGUGCCUAUUUGCCCAUCGAAUGCUGA